AUGGUAGUCCGCAGCGCUUAUAUACAGGGAGAUAACAAUAGUGCAGCAAAAAGCGCUCUUACACCAGCGAAAUUACCCUCUGGUAUUCUUCGGAAGUUUAAAAACAGGGAGUCCGUUAAUCCACGAUAUUUUAGCGAUUUCGUUAACACCAAAUUUCAUGUAAAUAAAGGUGCUCAUUUAAUAAUGCAGGUUAACAAUGAACUUUUAAAGGAUCAACUUUCACAAAUUCCGAAACUACGCGAAGUUAUCGCUUAUCACAUAGUUAAAGGCGAGUUUUCGAAGAAACAGUUGUCUAAGAAAACCAAUUUAUUGGCAGUCAACGGAGAAAAUUUGAAAAUAACUAAUAAAAAAGGAAUUAAAAUUAACAACGCAUCUAUUGUGGGGCCUAGUAAAGUCUAUUGCGGAGUUGUCGUUUACCCUAUUAACUCAUUAUUGCUACCCCGGUCUAUACAAGAAAGUAUCUCUAUGAGUAAUGAAACCGCUGGGACUUCUUCAGUUAAAAACGAUUAUGUAAACCAAGCAUCGGGGCCUAAUUUCGACGAUUCAGUAGCCCCUGGAACGGCAAAGUCGACAGGGCCUCAGCUGCUUAACAACGCUGCUGGUGGCUCACCUUAUAAUCAUAGUUCCCAAUCAACACAACAACGCACUGGGAAAGAAAAUUCACCAACAUUCAAUCCCUUUAAUAGCACCCUCUCGAGUGAUGUGAACUCCCUUGAUAACUCUGAGGGCCAAGCAUCUGAAAAGGGUUCAACCUCUCCUAAAGGAACUACCAACAUGAACGCCACACAACCUCAACAGCCCCAAGUACUUCAAAGUGAUGGUUCCAGUCCCAACGCAGGAACAGACAGUGCUGGAGCUGAUUCUGUAAACCCCCAUAGUGUCGCUGGACAAGCAGCUGCUAAUGGCACGCAACCUCAACAGCCCCAAGCACUUCAAAGUGAUAGUUCCAGUCCCAACGCAGGAACAGGCAGUGCUGGAGCUGAUUCUGUAAACUCCCAACUGCUAAAUAGUGUCGCUGGACAAUCAACUGCUAAUGGCACGCAACCUCAACAGCCCCAAGCACUUCAAAGUGAUAGUUCCAGUCCCAACGCAGGAACAGGCAGUGCUGGAGCUGAUUCUGUAAACUCCCAACUGCUAAAUAGUGUCGCUGGACACUCAACUGCUAAUGGCACGCAACCUCAACAGCCCCAAGUACUUCAAAGUGAUAGUUCCAGUCCCAACACAGGAACAGACAGUGCUGGGGCUGAUUCUGUAAACCCCCAUAGUGUCGCUGGACAAGCAGCUGCUAAUGGCACGCAACCUCAACAGCCCCAAGCACUUCAAAGUGAUAGUUCCAGUCCCAACGCAGGAACAGGCAGUGCUGGAGCUGAUUCUGUAAACUCCCAACUGCUAAAUAGUGUCGCUGGACAAGCAGCUGCUAAUGGCACGCAACCUCAACAGCCCCAAGCACUUCAAAGUGAUAGUUCCAGCCCCAACGCAGGGACAGACAGUCCUGGGGCUGAUUCUGUAAACCCCCAACUGCUAAAUAGUGUCGCUGGACAAUCAACUGCUAAUGGCACGCAACCUCAACAGCCCCAAGCACUUCAAAGUGAUAGUUCCAGCCCCAACGCAGGGACAGACAGUCCUGGGGCUGAUUCUGUAAACCCCCAACUGCUAAAUAGUGUCGCUGGACAAUCAACUGCUAAUGGCACGCAACCUCAACAGCCCCAAGUACUUCAAAGUGAUAGUUCCAGUCCCAACGCAGGAACAGACAGUGCUGGAGCUGAUUCUGUAAACCCCCAUAGUGUCGCUGGACAAGCAGCUGCUAAUGGCACGCAACCUCAACAGCCCCAAGCACUUCAAAGUGAUAGUUCCAGCCCCAACGCAGGGACAGACAGUGCUGGAGCUGAUUCUGUAAACCCCCAACUACUAAAUAGUGCCGCCGGACAGUCAACUGCUAACAGUUCUGCCCCUUCUGGAGGCGCUACAAACGCAAAUUCAAAUUCUACGCGACCUCAACAGCCCCAAACACUUAAAAGUGGGUCUAUGAAUCCCGAUGCUAGUUCCGCUGGUUCUAAUGAAAAAAAAUAUAUAAAUUCCAAUUCCUCAAAUUCUCACAUACUUAGUGCUGUAGACGGGAAAACAUUAGCAAGCAACACAGAAAAGAAGACACGUGACAUCUUCGAAACAGUGAAUCCAUUUCCUCCUCUCAGAACGUUGCCCACCCACAUCAAAAAUACUCUCAGUGGAGAAUAA